GAACGUGGUGUUUUCAUUCUACGCGCCUGGACUCAUCGGGAUUUGGGCUGUACACGCCCGGUCCAAUUCCAAAUCACGGAACGACUCGGGGCCGACGGAGAGAACCGCGCGCGUCGGCCCUUCUUCGACCGUCCUCGGUGGUUCGAGAUUCGGGGCUCUCCCUCUCUGGCUCUGGACCUGGGUAGGCACGACACGCACUCGCCACUAUAAAAUGUAUCUCUGGGCGACGCUCUGUCUCCAUCGUCCUUCCUGCGACAAGCUACCAAUCCUCUACAACCACUCAAGCCUCCUCUCAGUUGACACACUGCAAUGGCUUUCUACGGAUCCGCUGUCAUCCCCGUCCCAUCCCCAUCGCGGUCGCGGUCCCCGUCACUCACGAUCUUCGCGUCGACACCAGAGCCUAUGAACCAUAAGCGGAACUCCUUGACGCACGUCUUGCACAAGAUCCUCCAUCCACAUCAGUCACCGCGCGAGGUCGAGGUCCAGGCACCUGCCAAACCCACGACGAGGCAUUCGCAUCCCAGUUCGGAAUACCCUGUAAACUGCCUCUCAUUUACAUGAGGGCGGAACGAACCGAAGAAAAGAAAUCCAAUAUUCAUGGAAUGACCCACUAGACUGUAGAUAUCUGUAUGACACCUGUGCAAUCUGAG